CCGGAAGUUGAUGAAAAGAAUUGAAGAUCUUAACACGAUUUAUAAUAUUGCUAUUGCGGUCAUGUAUGAGUCCAUCAUAUUAUGUGUCAUCGGGAUCGUGAUAUACACAUCUGCUGCCUAUCAUUACAUAAACAGAAAUAUAUGUUUAGAAACAGCUGUAAGAUUUAUACAUGGCCCAUACAGAUGUCAAUUUUCGUCUAGUUAUGCAGAUGCUGCUCUAAAAGAAGGGGUAACUUGUACGAAUAAAUGCAAUGUCCAGAUUCAUUAUUUGAAUAAUCAGUACACAUACUAUGUAAGUCAAGUCCAUGUCAAAAUAGGAAAUGAGCGGACAUUCAUGCAGUCAAUUUGUGAUUCGCCACACAUGGCAUAUUUAAUCAGGGACAUGUAUAUUAAAUGUUCAUCGUGGAAUAAAGAUAAAUACACAGUUAUGAACACUACUGACUGCCAAUUGAAUAGUGCACAGUGUGAGAGAAUCGACAACUAUUGUAUUUGUCAUUGUUACCCUGGAUAUAGCAUAAUAAAUGGGUCCUGUUUAAAAGAAAACGUCACUGUGGGUAACGCGUGCUUUUACUCCUGGCAAUGCAGAGGAACUAAAUUUGCAAGUGUAUGUAAUCAUAAUGGUCGGUGUGAAUGCCAGGCAGGCUACAUACUGAAUGGCAACAGCUGUUUUGAAGGAAAUGUAACCAUUGGUAAACGGUGUGUCUCCGAUUUGCAAUGCACUGGAACUCAAUAUGCAAGUCUAUGUCAGAAUGCUUUGUGCUCAUGUCGAUUGGGAUAUGUCACUUAUCGCAACAGCUGUUCCUUAGGUAUACCAUGUCAUGAACAAUUUUAA